GGAAGGCUUAAAGAGUGGGGGGACUGCUUCGCAAAUCAGAUUAGAGGCUGUGAUAUCCUCAAAUUUGGAGCCUUUCGGUUUUCUUCCCGGUGGAAGUAGUUUGUGAAGCCUCUUCCCUUCACACCAGGGACACAGGAAGGAUGGAGCGCAGCAUGAAGCUAGGGAGCAGGAUCCCGUGGAGGCAAGUACUCCUUCCCUUCUUGCUGCCUUUGUUCCGCGCGGCGCUCACUGAGCAAAUCCGGUAUUCUAUUCCGGAAGAAAUGGCCAUGGGCUCGGUUGUGGGGAACCUCGCUGAGGACCUGGGGCUGCCUGUUGGGGACUUACUAACUCGAAAGCUCAGAGUUAUCUCGGAGAAACCGUACCUUUCUGUGAACCCUGAGAACGGGAACGUGGUUGUGAGCGACAGAAUAGAUCGAGAGUUAAUCUGCUUCCAGAGCCCUCUGUGUGUCCUGCCCUUAGAGGUUGUGGCAGAAAAGCCCCUGAACGUUUUUCACAUCAGCGUGGUGAUAGAAGAUAUAAAUGAUAACCCUCCCCGUUUUCUCCAAAAAAGUAUUGUUUUACAAAUCAAUGAACUUGCAAUUCCAGGCACUAGGUUUGGCCUGGAAUCUGCCAUAGACGCAGAUGUAGGACGGAACUCUCUCCAGAGUUACCAGCUCAGUUUGAAUGAGCACUUCUCUCUGGCGGUGAAGGACAAGACUGAAGGCAAGGAUGCCCCGGAAUUGGCGCUGGAGAAGCCUCUGGACAGGGAAAGGCAGAGCACCCACCUCCUGGUCCUGACAGCAGUAGAUGGGGGACAGCCAGUUCUAACGGGCACCGCUCAGAUUCGGAUUGAGGUCACCGACGCCAAUGAUAACCCCCCAGUGUUCAGCCAAAGCGUGUACAAAGUUAGCCUUAGGGAGAAUGCACCCCCAGGCACCCCCGUGCUGGUGGUGACGGCCACCGACCAGGAUGAGGGCGUCAACGCCGAAGUCACCUACUCCUUCAAAUCACUAGGAGACGAGGUCAGAAAUAAGUUUAUCCUAGAUCAUCAAACUGGGGAAAUUAAAUCCGAAGGCCCUAUAGACUUUGAAACCAAGAGGACUUACGCCAUGAACAUCGAGGCCAAGGAUGGCGGAGGCAUGGCCACAGAGUGUAAAGUUAUAAUAGAGAUUCUCGAUGAAAACGACAAUGCCCCAGAAGUGGUUUUUACUUCGGUGUCCAAUUCUAUAACCGAGGAUGCAGAGCCGGGGACAGUGGUGGCUCUGUUCAAAACAUACGAUAAAGAUUCAGAAGAAAAUGGGAGAGUGGCGUGCGCCCUAAAAGAAACGGUUCCUUUUAGAAUUGAGUCUUCUGCCAGUAAUUACUAUAAGCUUGUAACAGAUGGGAUCCUGGACCGGGAGCAGACUCCAGAGUACAAUGUCACCAUCACAGCCACCGAUAAAGGCAAGCCACCUCUCUCCUCCAGCACAAGCGUCACUCUGCACGUCGCUGACGUCAACGACAACGCUCCGGUUUUCCACCAGGCCUCCUAC